AUGGGAAUGUUUUACCGUACUAUUAGAAUGGUGGAAAAUGGUAUUAAGCCUGUAUAUGUUUUCGAUGGAAAGCCUCCUGAAAUGAAAGCUGGAGAAUUAGGAAAGCGAGCUGAGAGACGUGAGGAGUCUGAAAAGGGGUUGGCAAAGGCUCAAGAGGAAGAAGAUUCGGAAGCUGUGGAAAAAUUUUCCAAACGUCUUGUUAAAGUUACUCAACAACACAAUAAUGACUGCAAACAUUUGCUCAAAUUGAUGGGAAUACCCUAUGUUGAGGCCCCCUGUGAAGCAGAGGCACAAUGUGCUUCAUUGGCAAAAUCUGGCAAAGUUUUUGCAGUUGGCACUGAAGACAUGGACGCACUUACUUUUGGUGCUCCUGUUCUAUUACGUCACCUCACCUUCAGUGAAGCCAGGAAGCUCCCAAUUCAAGAGUUUCAUCUGGCCAGCAUUCUCGACAGCAUGAAUAUUAGCAUGGACCAAUUCAUUGAUUUAUGCAUUCUUCUUGGUUGUGAUUACUGUGAAAGUAUCAAGGGUAUUGGGCCAAAAAAGGCUGUCGAACUCAUAGUCAAAUACGGUUCCUUAGAAACAGUCUUGUCUCAUCUCGAUAAGACGAAGUACCCCCCACCCGAGGAUUGGCCUUAUGCUGCUGCAAAGAAGCUUUUUGUUAGCCCAGAGGUCAUGGACUCGGAAAAAAUUGAAGUUAGUCUCUAG